GCUGGAGGAGCAAAUCAUCUCUCAGGGCGUCUAGAGGGUCCCCAGCUGCUCUCCUUGCGCCCGUUCUGAAGUCCUAGAAGGGGCCUCUGUAAAAAGCCCGCCCCCCGCCCCUUCGCGCCACUAUCUGUAUGGCUAACCCUAGUAGGCAGCGCCCCUUCCCCGCUGCAGUAAGCAGCUGGCCCCACCUCCCCACCAAGACCAAGUUCAACAAGUUUGUCCAAGACGUCCUAGAGCCUCCAUGUCUAGGCCUGGCAAUGCCUAUCCUGUGGCUGGCUCCACCGGCUUGGAGUUGUUCAACAUCGAGCCUUCUGGGAUCCGGAGGUGGUUUGUCGGGUGGCGCUGUCUAAAAGGGUGGAGGCCAAAGACCGGCAGCCCCUGGUUUCUGUGAUUUAGUGUGGAGGCUCGAGGUUAGGAGUGCGUCAUCAGCGAGCAGGCACCUCAGCCGGCAGACGCAUAGUGGCAGCUUGGAGAGUUGGACACGGGUCCUGGAAGUGAUCUGGAGACCCCAGCACCACAUCUGCCACCAUUCCGUGCUGCAGGGAUACCAUGGCUCCAGAGGAGGACGCUGGAGGGGAGGUCCUAGGGGGCAGUUUCUGGGAGGCUGGCAACUACAGACGGACAGUGCAGCGGGUUGAGGAUGGGCACAGGCUGUGUGGGGACCUGGUUAGCUGCUUCCAAGAACGUGCCCGCAUUGAGAAGGCCUACGCCCAGCAGCUGUCUGACUGGGCCCGCAAAUGGAGGGGUGCUGUGGAGAAGGGCCCACAGUACGGCACUCUGGAGAAGGCCUGGCAUGCCUUCUUCACUGCAGCUGAGAGGCUGAGCGAGCUGCACUUGGAGGUGAGGGAGAAGUUGCACGGUCCAGACAGCGAGCGAGUGCGGACCUGGCAGCGCGGGGCUUUCCACCGGCCGGUGCUGGGGGGCUUUCGGGAAAGCCGGGCUGCAGAGGAUGGUUUCCGUAAGGCUCAGAAGCCCUGGCUAAAGAGGCUCAAGGAGGUGGAGGCUUCUAAGAAGAGCUACCACACAGCCCGCAAGGACGAGAAGACAGCCCAGACCCGGGAGAGCCACGCGAAGGCAGACAGCUCCAUGUCCCAGGAGCAGCUUCGAAAAUUACAGGAGCGGGUGGGCCGCUGCACCAAGGAGGCAGAGAAGAUGAAAACCCAGUAUGAGCAGACCCUGGCUGAGCUAAAUCGCUACACCCCACGCUAUAUGGAGGACAUGGAGCAGGCCUUUGAGAGCUGCCAGGCAGCCGAGCGCCAGCGGCUUCUCUUCUUUAAGGAUGUCUUGCUCACCCUGCAUCAACACCUCGACCUCUCCAGUAGCGACAAGUUCCACGAGCUCCAUCGAGACCUGCAGCAGGGCAUCGAGGCUGCCAGUGAUGAAGAGGAUCUGCGCUGGUGGCGAAGCACACACGGGCCUGGCAUGGCCAUGAACUGGCCACAGUUCGAGGAAUGGUCCUUAGACACACAGAGAGCCAUCAGCCGCAAGGAGAAGGGCGGCCGGAGCCCGGAUGAGGUUACUCUGACCAGCAUUGUACCAACAAAAGAUGGCACCGCACCCCCACCCCAGUCCCCAUCGUCCCCGGGUAGCGGGCAGGAUGAGGACUGGUCAGAUGAGGAGAGUCCCCGGAAAGUUGCCGCUGGGGUGAGGGUACGGGCGCUUUAUGACUAUGCUGGCCAGGAGGCGGAUGAGCUGAGCUUCCGAGCAGGGGAAGAGCUGCUGAAGAUGAGUGAGGAGGAUGAGCAGGGCUGGUGCCAGGGCCAGCUGCAGAGUGGCCGCAUUGGUCUGUACCCUGCCAAUUAUGUAGAAUGUGUGGGCGCCUGAGUGCCCUGACAGCCCUACCACGGCGGAGCUCAACCCUUCCUGGACUGCUGGACCUGAAGGCCCUGAACCAUGUGUUGCUGCUGUCCCUCUGUUUCCACAGGAGGAAGUCUUAGGGCCCAUGAAGGGCAGGGGUCUGUGUCUAGAAUUGGAGGUUGGAGUGAUGGAGGGUCGAGAGGUGCCCGAGCCUCCUCAGGAACAUUUGGAGUCAUCCCAGAGUAGGAGGAUCCAGCUCCUAAACUGUCUAGGAGUUCCUGGGGCGAGGUUGGGGAGAAUGGAGUUUUGGGCUGGCAGCACCCUCUUUUGUGACUUGUAGUGUGCAUUAAAUUUGAUCAAGAAUAAAAAC